AUGGCUGCUACGAAAACGAACUCGUCUGUCAUCGUAGACGAUGUAGACAAGAAAGACGACAUCCACAAUGUUCCAUUGGUCAAGUCAAAGUCCAACCUCUCUUCGAUGCUUGCCGUCUUGGUGGGUGGUGUUGCGCUCUUCUCUGAUGGUUACAAUGCUCAGAUUGUUGGCUACAUGAACCUUGUCCUGAAAGAGCUCUACAAGGGCGACUACACUGCCGAUGUCAAGACGCGCGUUUCCAACGCCUUUCUUAUUGGCGAGGUCUUCGGUAUGCUCUUCUUUGGCUGGGCUAUUGAUAGACUGGGUCGCCGCAACGGCAUCUUCUGGUCCACUGUCUUCUUGGUGCUUGGUCUUGUUUUGUCCACUGCUGCCCAUGGCACCUCUAUCAGCGGUCAAUUCUGGAUGCUCAUCAUUGGCCGUGGUGUUGCCGGGUUUGGCGCUGGAGGCGAAUACCCUACUUGUGCCACCAGCUCUACCGAGGCUGCCAACGAGACCCCCGAAGUGCGCCGUCGUCGUGGUAUCCUCACUGCCAUUGCUACCGACUUCUCUAUUGACUUUGGUUUCGUCAUGGCCGGCGUGGUGGCUCUGAUUGUCCUUGCUGCAUACCAACAGAACCUUAGCGAUGGCGUUUGGCGGGUUAACUUUGGCAUUGGCAUCGUCCUGCCUGUCGCUCUUCUCUUUGUCCGACUUAGCUUAGUCAACUCUACCCAGUACGAAAAGCAUGCUAUGAAGCAGCAUAUCCCUUAUCUGCUGGUCAUGAAGAGAUACUGGAAGCCCAUGCUUGGAACCUCUCUGGCGUGGUUCUUUUACGAUUUCGUCACGUACCCUUUCGGUAUUUUUGGAUCCACCAUUGUCGAAACACUCAACCCUCAGAAUACCAUCGUUCAGAACAUUGGUUACGGCACCGUCCUGAACUGCUUCUACCUGCCUGGCACCAUUCUUGGCGGCUUCCUCAUGGACCGCAUCGGCCGUAAACAGACAAUGACGCUCGGCUUCUUCCUCUGGGCCCUCAUGGGAUUCAUUAUUGGUGCUGCUCUCCCCAAGAUCCAGCCCAUUUUGCCUCUCUUCAUCAUCAUGUACGGCAUCUUCAACGCUCUUGGCGAAAUGGGCCCCGGUGUUGCCACGUUCCUCUGCGGUGCCGAAUCCUUCCCUACCCCAAUUAGAGGACAUUUCCUUGGUCUUGCUGCUGCCUUUGGCAAGGCCGGAGCUGCAAUCGGCACCCAAGUCUUCUUACCUAUCCAGAACUCUUUCGCUGAUGACGAGAAGGGUGUUCAAGGCGUCUUCCUCAUCGGAGCUGCCUUCGCUCUGGUUGGCGGCCUGGUUGCUUGGUUCCUCAUCCCCGACAAGGACCGCGAUUUGGAAUCCGAGGAUUACCUAUUCCGCGAGUAUCUCAUCCAGAACGGCUACAAGGGUGUCUUUGGCGCUGUGGGCGACAUGUCACCUGAGAGACAAGCUACCAAUGAGACGGUGGAGGCAUAAAGUGAUGGGAAGAAAACGGUGUAAUGAUGAUGUUUUUGAAAAUAUUUUCUGCUCUUCUAACUUAAUGAUAAAACGCAUUCCAUGACGUGCUUUAGCUUGUCUUUCGGGUCCGCCA